AUGAACAGACGAGAUAAACUCAUACUUCUUGUUGAUACCGGUACUUCACCCCAUGUACGACGAACAGCUGCGAAACAACUAUCCGAUCUAACUGUCAAAGCCUUCUUAUCAACUACUCAACCGAAACCCCAAGCCGAACCCGACCGCAAAGAAGAUGUCAAGCCCGACAUCGACCUCGAUGGCUCGGUGACCCUUUCUACAGGUGGUAACGAGGAAGACGCGUGGAACGAUGUGUUGGAAACAAUAAGCAAGGUAUUACCGUUGCUGAAAAGCAAAGUAUCAGAUACUCGACAUGCUGCAGCCUAUGCGUUAGGCCUACUGGCAUCAUCUUUACCUGAAUGGUCACAUCCUACCGAGAGCCCCUCAAACCUAGAGGGACCCGAUGGAAUUAUCGAUCUUCAGGAGCUGUUGAAAGGUAAAUCGACGUUACUUGCUUCAGCGGGAAGGGAAUAUGUGGCGAAACCCUUACCUGGGGAUAAAGCCAAGAGGAGAAAGGCGAUGAUGGGGUCUUUGGGGCUGGGAGAUGCCGUAGGAUGGGGUGAUGAUGUAGAUAAAGUGAUCGGAGAUGAAGAUGAAGAUAUGAACGAAGAUAAAACCCAGAAUCGGAAUGGAUCGAAAGCGUCCAGCGUCGAACCGCCUCAACCACCGAAAGACAUAUUCGAAGGGCUAAGUGCUAGACAGAUAACUAUGUUGAAGAGAAAGAAGGGUAAUAUGGUGGAAGAGGCUAAUAAGAUGCGAAGGAUGAAUGAGAAGGCUUCGGGAAGUGGACCAAGUUCGACUGUGCCUUCGCCGGUAUCUACUCCACCAGAAGUGCCAGGAUCGGCGGCUGUCAAGUCGGAAGAUGUGAAAUCCGAGGUGGUCACCAUUGAUCCGGGAGCAAAGGCUAGGGCGGCUGCCCAAGCAGGCUCGGGAGGACAGGUCGAACCCAACGUAGAUGCAGAUGGUAAUCCAAUUAUCACUUCUUCGCUGAGGGUCCUGAGCCUUGUCAAAAGUCAAUCGCCAUGGACGACUGUAUUCUCGGAGUUAUCUCCUCAGCUACACGAACCUGUCUGGCAGAUACGGCAUGGAUCAGCAUUAGCUAUCAUGGAAAUCCUUCGCUCAUUAGGCCAAUCGUACGCUUCGAAAGAACCUGCCUACUUGCUUCAUCUCGCUCGGCAAUUACUUUCUCUUUUAGUAUUAGAUAGAUUCGGCGAUUUUGUUGGAGAUACUGUGGUGGCACCCGUUAGAGAGACUGCCGCUCAGAGCUUGGGUAUCGUCCUGAAGUAUAUCGAUAUAAAUGGUGUGAAGGAGAUACACAACACUCUGAUGGGGAUGGUCAAACAACCCUGGGCGAAACGAGGUAAGGCAGCUGAAGGGUUGGAUAGAAGUGAGAAGUUCGCCUGGGAAGUUAGACAUGCCGGUUUGUUAGGAUUAAAAUAUGAAGUAGCUGUUAGAGGAGAUUUAUUGGGUUCGAUCAAAGAGGAGGAUGUCGAAAUGAAGUCAGAUGUCAAACUUGAUCCUGCGAUAGACGAGUUGGGUAUAUUGAAGGACGUAGUGGAGGCGGGUGUAUUAGCGCUGCAAGAUUCGGAUGAUGAUGUAAGGACUGUUGCGGCUACUGCUCUUACUCCCAUACCCGACAUCAUAGCUAGUGGACUGUCAAAGACAGACCUAAAUGGUCUCCUGACAACUCUAUGGGGAUGUCUUUCGGAAGGCGGAGAUGAGCUCGGAAGUAGUACUGGUGCUGUGAUGGAUCUGCUAGGUGUCCUCAUCAGGCAGCAGCAAGUCAUGCAGUUUAUGAUCGAAAGUGCAGAACCCCUUGCCUCGCGAACAUACAAAUUCAUGAGACAUCCUAUCGCUGCUGUCCGACUAUCAGUCAUCAAGAUCCUCAUGGCUAUCGGCGAGUUGAGGGAAGUCGAGAAGGUAUGGUUAUCAGACAAUUACAGCUCGCUUUUAUUCCAAAAUCUACUGUUGGAAGAAAGACAAGAUAUCAGGGAAUUGUCGUUGAAAGCCCUCGAUGAUGCUGUACAAGAGGUGGAAGAGGAGUGCGGUGAACCAGAAGGAAUGAUGGAUCUGAAUACUUGGUUCCCACUAGUCAUGACCCCGAUAGGAGCACCUUUCGAUCAGACCUUGUUCAAGAAAGUGAAAAAUUCUACUACGGGCCAUAACGUCGAUAAAGCCAUGAUGGCAGGAGAUAUGUCGUUGGUAUCUAUGGAUACAGCUUUGCAAACUAGAUUGACGGGAGCAAAGGCUUUAGGCUUGCUGAGACGGUUCCAUGAUGAAGAUUCGAAUGACUUGAACCACCUGAAACAAUACCUCGGAUCGGCUAGUGCGCACCAAGUACUCAUGGCCACUGCCAUCAUGCAGGAAUGGGCCCUCGAUUACGACAAGUCCCAGAGUCUUAAAUCGGAAGUGAGGAGCUUGGGCGCAUCCCAUGAACUCGCAAAUCCCUUAGUGCCGAUAUUAAUCGAGAGAAUCGAAUCGCCUGUCCCCGCAACGUAUCACGAGAUGUCUGUCAUUCUCCAACGUAUAUACACUGAAUGUCAUGCCCUUCUUAACGCUUUCAACGUUGAAGGGAAAAUAUCCAAAGAUAGGAUCCCAACCUUACCCAGUCGGCUCGAUCCUCUCAGUACCUCUCCGGACGUGUUCUCUUUGACUACUGCCCAUCAAGCUGUUGGACCGACUUUCGAAGGAUUAGCCAAACUACUUACUAAACCGGCCCAGAAGAUCGCUUUGGCAGCGUUAAAGGAUAGACAGCGAAAAGUCAUGGGUUCCAUAGGUUAUUUCUCGGUCAUGAAAGAAAGGUACGAUACACAAGUCAUGGCGGGCAUAGCCAGUGCGUUGGUAGCUUUGAGAGUUAUGCCUUCGAAGCUAGGCCCAGUGAUUAAAAGUCUCAUGGAUGCUGUCAAAAAAGAGGAAAAUGAGAUUCUUCAAACUCGAGCCGCUUCCUCUGUAGCUGCUUUUAUCGAAUAUACAACCACUCCACUAUUCACCGGACGAGUCAACCCCUCGGACAAAGUCGUACGAAACCUUUUCACCUUCUUAUGUUCUGAUACGUCUGUCACACCCAUCUUCGUGCCUGGUCCAAGUGCUCAUACAGGUAUCUUCACUCUGAAAGAUGAAAAAGCUGCUGCCGCACUUGCGGCCAAGAAAGGGGCAGGGAAGGAUGCCGUCGAAGAGACCGAAGAACAGAUCGAAGCUAGAGUUACUAGAAGAGGUGCUUUGGAGGCCUUCAGAGCUAUGGCUACCCAAUUUGGAGAUAGAUUAUUUGACGCGGUACCGAAAUUCUGGGAGGGUAUAAGCGCCGCUCUGUUGUCGAAUUUUGCAAUGGGUGCGCAUAUCGAUGAGAUCGAUAAGAGACUUUCGGACAACGCUCAGGCAGGACAAGACAUAAUCGAUUGCUUGACCUCUCUCAGGCUGAUCGUCCCUGAGCUCAACUCCUCGCUCCAUGCACAACUUCAAAUCCUCUUCCCACCUAUCAUCACUGCUCUGCAAAGCUCUUUUGCGGUCAUUCGACAUUCAGCUGCUAAAUGUGUGGCAGCCUUCUGCGACGUGAUGUUAAAUGAAAGUAUGAAGAAGGUAGUAAAUGACGUCGUACCUCUUGUGGGAGAUGCUACUAGGGUGGCAUCGAGGCAAGGUGCAGUCGAAGCUAUUCAUCACAUCAUCAAGGUCCUGGACAUCAAAGCAUUACCCUAUGUCCUUUUCCUCAUUGUACCUAUCCUGGGACGUAUGAGUGAUCCGGACGAGCACGUCCGCCUGUUAUCUACUAGCUCCUUCGCGUCUUUGGUCAAGAUGGUACCACUUGAGGCUGGUAUCCCAGAUCCUGAAGGUUUCUCGCCUGAACUUCUAGCAAAACGAGAUGAAGAGCGGAAAUUCCUCAUGCAGCUGCUGGACGGUAGUAAAGCUGAACAGUAUCAGAUACCAGUGGAGGUCAAAGCGGAUCUCAGGCAGUAUCAGAAAGAUGGUGUGAGCUGGUUAGCUUUCUUGGCGAAAUAUCAAUUGCAUGGUAUCUUAUGUGAUGAUAUGGGUCUCGGAAAAUCGCUGCAGAGUAUCUGUAUAAUCGCCAGUAAACACCAUGAACGAGCGACUCGACACGCUACAUCCAAUUCGGUCGAUACUGCACAUUUACCUUCCCUGAUCGUUUGUCCACCGACAUUAACGGGUCAUUGGUACCAUGAGAUUCUCAAAUUCACUCCUCAUCUGAAACCCUUACAAUACGUGGGGAAUGCGGGUGAAAGAACGAUGUUAAGAUCCCGAUUCCCAUAUCAUGAUGUGAUCAUCUCAUCUUACGAAUCUGUACGAUCCGAUAUAACCGAAUUGACCAAGUUCAAUUUCCUAUAUUGUGUUUUGGACGAAGGUCAUAUCAUCAAAAAUGCCAAAACCAAGUUGUCAGUUGCGGUGAAACAGAUCAAAUCUCAACAUAGAUUAUUAUUAUCCGGUACACCAAUCCAGAAUAAUGUAUUGGAGUUAUGGAGUUUGUUCGAUUUCCUCAUGCCCGGUUUCCUAGGGAAUGAAAGGAUGUUCAAUGAUAGGUUCUCGAAACCUAUUUUGGCGGAUAGGGACGGUAAAGCUACACCUAAAGAAAGGGAGACAGCUACAUCCGCUCUGGAGGCAUUACAUAAACAAGUCUUGCCGUUCCUCUUACGAAGAUUGAAAGAGGAUGUAUUAAACGAUUUACCACCCAAGAUCAUCCAGGAUUACUAUUGUGAAUUAUCACCCGUUCAAAAACACUUGUACGAUGAAUUUUCGAAAUCUCAAGCUGCUCAAGAAGCUGGUGAGGAAGUCUCUUCCUCUGAUACGUCCAAGAAUGGACAAGGUCAAGGACAUGUCUUCCAGAGUUUGCAAUAUCUCAGAAAAUUGUGUAAUCAUCCUGCACUGGUCUUGGAUAACCAACCUGAGAGAUUCAAUCAGAUACAAAAGAGAUUAGGAGUAGAAGGUGGUACGGGGUUACAUGAUAUCAGUAUCGCGCCCAAGAUGGAAGCGUUGAAACAACUUCUGACCGAUUGUGGAAUUGGUCAAGCUCCCGACAAGUUAUCCGAUGAUGUGAACCAACACCGAGUCCUGAUAUUCUGUCAACUCCGACCUAUGUUAGACCUAAUCGAGAAAGACUUAUUUGACAAACAUAUGAAUUCCGUUUCAUACAUGAGAAUGGACGGAUCGACCGAUCCCAAAAAACGACAUGCGAUCGUUCAGACUUUCAAUUCGGAUCCUAGAAUCGAUGUCUUACUGCUCACUACCAGUGUAGGUGGACUUGGUCUGAAUCUGACCGGUGCAGACACGGUGAUAUUUGUGGAUCACGAUUGGAACCCUAUGAAGGAUCUUCAGGCUAUGGAUAGAGCGCAUAGAUUGGGUCAGAGGAAGGUCGUUAACGUUUAUAGGUUGAUCACCAGGGGUACUUUAGAAGAAAAGAUCAUGGGCCUACAACGAUUCAAGUUGAAUAUAGCAUCUUCCGUUGUUACUCAGCAGAAUGCAGGUCUGGGCUCGAUGAACACCGGAGAAGUACUGGAUCUGUUCAAAGUGUCUGCUGAAGGUGAACCUGUCAAACCUAAGGCUCCGACGAGUAAUGGACCGACAUCCAUGAGUAAGAUGUUAGAAGGACUCGAUGACCUACCUGCUGAAGAGGAAUAUGCAGAAUUAUCGUUGGACAAUUUCUUGAGUAAGGUGUAA